AUGGAACAUCCAGUCAAAGAAAUCGGGGGCGUCAUCAAGUCGCUCACCCAAGGUGCACCAGAUGUCCAAGAGUCUGCUCUAAGAGAAUAUUUUCUCCCCAACGCUUCAUUCACACACCCAUUCUGUCACGUUCCAUCCAUAUCGAAAGGACAAGCUCCUCUUGCAGGCGGUCUUGAAUCUAUCCAAUUGAUACUGGGAAUCUACCGAUGGUACCGUACUCUAAGUCCGCACAUUGACAUCCAGGUGGACUCGGCAGCAUUUGAUCAAAAAAGUGGCCUUCUUUACGUCUCGCUCCGCCAAACCUUUGCUCUCUGGUUUGUGCCUCUUUACAAAGCACCAGUACGACUCGUCUCAGUUCUACAACUCACCCAACUAUCGCCCGAAUCAUCUUCAGAUGAGGACGAAGCGCCCGACGAUACAAAACCUCGUCGACAGAGCCCAAAGUACUACAUCGCCAGCCAGGAAGAUUUGUACCCCGUCAAUGACUGCAUUCAGUUCUUGUGUCCUGGACUAGGUCCCUUCUUGUGGAGGAUUUGGCAGUUGUAUAGCACUUGGUUGUGUAUAAUGGGGUCUUUGUUGUUUCUGCCUGUUUACUUUUUGCUCAAUGGUUCAGGAUCAAAGACAAGGAGAACAAUGCCCAAGUUUUAG